AUGGCAGGCAUCGGCCGUUUCCUCUAUUCCCAGCUUUUCGUCACACCUGUAAAGCCCAGCGGUGAUCUUACUGGAAAGACUGUUAUCGUCACGGGCUCCAACGUCGGUCUUGGAAAAGAGGCCGCGCGUCACUUCACUCAGCUCAAUGCUUCGACUGUGAUCCUUGCCGUGCGCUCCAUCGAGAAGGGUGAAGCAGCGCGUAAGGAUAUUGAAUCCACAACAGGCCGCAACGAUGUAGUCAGAGUCAUGCAACUGGACAUGUCGUCCUACCAAUCAGUUCUCGAUUUCGCCGAAAAAGCUAGCAAAGAGUUGGAACGAGUGGAUAUUGCAGUUUUGAACGCCGGCGUGAACCGCGGCGUCUGGGAGGUCUUCGAACAAGACGAAUCAACCAUCACCGUGAACGUGGUGUCUACAUUCCUGCUGGCUUUCGCUUUAUUACCUAAGCUCAAGGAAACGGCGAACAAGUUCAACAUUAGACCCACACUUACCAUUGUCAGCUCCGAGGUGCAUGAGUGGACACCGUUCGAUGAGAGGAAUGCACCCGAGGGCAAACUCUUCGAGAGAUUGAAUGAGAAGGUUGUCGAUGGGAAGGAAGUUGGACUCGGCAAUCGAUAUCAGGUCAGCAAGCUCAUGGAAAUACUAUUCGUCCGCGCAUUUUGCGAGCGAUACCCGGAAUCGAAUAUUCCAGUGACGGUGAAUCUCGUUAAUCCUGGCUUCUGCCACUCCGAAUUCGGUCGGGAAGGUCCAGGGUUUCUCGCCGUUAUGCGCUUUCUGCUCGCACGUACGACGGAAGUGGGAUCAAGAACUCUUGUGCACGCCGGUACUUCAGGUGUCGAGACCCAUGGAAAGUAUCUCAGCGACUGCGAGAUUACUGAGCCGAGCGCUUUCGUGCGGAGCGAUGACGGAAAGAAGGGUCAAGAAAAAGUCUGGAAAGAGUUGGUGGAGAGACUUGAGGGUAUCAAGACUGGAAUCACAAAGAGCUUCUAA